UGAGAUAAAGCUAAGCUCUACCGGCGUCAGAGAGCUGCUUCACACGAAGGGGAUCCUGGAAGUCGUUGGCCGAGAACUCCCAAGAGUUUGGGGUUGUUUUGUUUUGUUUUAAAGCUCCAACGGUGAGGACACGGCCCUUCCUCCUCUUGGGGCUCUGGGAAGUGUAUUCGGCCCCCCCCCCCCGCCGGACUCUAUCCGGAAACGAGGGGCUACGGCGUGUCUCCGGGGCUUCUGGGAAGUGUAGUUCCGAGCGCUGUGUAGUCAGAGGCACUUCCGCUCCGGGAAAGCGAGGCAGCCACCAUUUUUUUCGAUCCGGGAGGUGAGUCGGCCCUGCACCCCCAAGACCCCUGCGAGCCUUUUCGGCCUGAGCGUGGGACUAGUCGCUACCUAGCCGGCUGUCUUAGGAUGGAGAAGUCGCGGCCGCCGGCGGAGGCUGAGAGGUGGAGGGCGGAAGUGCGGCAUCCUUCUGUUCUCCUCCCCCGCGUACCAAGCAGAGCUGCUACUUCUAUCGGAAGCACCGAGUCACCCCGCGCUAGUGCCUGGGGACGUCCCGCGGCAGUGUAUCCGGCAGACGGAUACAGUCGUGCUCUUCCACCACAUCCUUUUCUUCGCCAGUCCUGAAUUCGGAAACGGGAGGAAGGAAGGACCUCUUGGCUCCUCACAGCAUAGCCCCAGCUGCAAGAAAAAGGGACUCCUGUAUUUUUAGAACUUUCCAUCUACUCCUUGAAUCCUUGGAACAACUCUAUGAGGACUCUGACCUUCCCCAGAAGGAGCGGGAGAAAAUGACCGAGUUUCAGGAGGCGGUGACCUUCAAGGACGUGGCCGUGACCUUCACCGAGGAGGAGCUGGGGCUGCUGGACUCCGCCCAGAGGAAGCUGUACCAGGAUGUGAUGGUGGAGAACUUCCGGAACCUGGUCUCAGUGGGACAUCUUCCCUUCAAGCCAGAUGUGAUGUCCCAGUUGGAGACAGAAGAAAAGCUUUGGAUGAUGGAGAGAGAAACCCAAAGAAAUGGGCAUUCCAGUGAGAACCGCAAAGCUGUUAUUUCAGGCAGCAAGAAUCCCGAUGAGGUGGAGACUCUUGGAAAAGUCGCAUUAAAAUACCUUUCAUGUGAAGAGCCGUCUUGUUGGCAAAUCUGGAAACAGGUCGCAAGUGAUUCAACGUGCUGUCUUCAGAGGAGGACUUCCCAUUUCCUACAAGGUGAUUCUCUUCAGGUUUCUGAAAAUGAGAACCAUAUGAUGAACCACAAAGGCGAUAGUUCCAGUUACCUUGAAAAUCAAGAGUUUUUGAUUUUGAGAACCCAGGAUUCCUGUGGGAAUACGUAUGUGCGUGAGUCAGGGAAUCAGAGUAGAGGUAAGCAAACGAAUGGGAAAAACAACCCACGUAUAUGUGAAGCCUUCAUGAAGAAAUCACCCCUGAGUGAUCCUGUUAAAACUGACACAGAACAGAAACCCUGCAAAGGAGAGACACUGUAUCCCUGUAGAGAGUGUGGGAAAAGCUUCAGUGAUAGCGAAGUGCUCCCAGUUCAUCCGAGGGUUCUCCUGGGAGAGAAAUGCUCCCAUCUGCAAAGUCAUCAAAGAAUUCACCCGCGAGGGAAAGUCGAUAAAUGUCGUGAAUCCGGCGAUGGUUUCAGUAGGAACUCCUUUCAUCCCCGUCAAUCUAAUCACACGGGAGAGAAGUCCUAUAGGUGCGACAGUUGUGGCAAGGGAUUCAGUAGCAGCACAGGCCUUAUCAUCCACUACAGGACACACACAGGGGAGAAGCCUUACAAAUGCGAGGAGUGCGGUAAAUGCUUUAGCCAAAGUUCAAAUUUUCAGUGCCAUCAGAGAGUCCAUACCGAAGAGAAACCAUACAAGUGCAACGAGUGCGGGAAGGGAUUCGGCUGGAGCGUUAACCUUCGUGUUCACCAGAGGGUCCACAGGGGUGAGAAACCCUAUAAGUGUGAGGAGUGUGGGAAGGGCUUCACGCAGGCCGCGCAUUAUCACAUACAUCAGAGGGUCCACACCGGGGAGAAACCCUACAAAUGCGAUGUCUGCGGCAAGGGGUUCAGUCACAAUUCCCCUUUGAUAUGCCACCGGAGGGUCCACACCGGAGAGAAACCGUACAGAUGUGAGGCGUGCGGGAAGGGCUUCACCCGUAACACAGAUCUUCACAUCCACUUCCGUGUCCACACAGGAGAGAAACCCUACAAAUGCAAGGAGUGUGGGAAGGGCUUCAGUCAGGCUUCCAAUCUGCAAGUCCACCAGAACGUCCACACCGGGGAGAAACGAUUCAAAUGCGAGACGUGUGGGAAGGGCUUCAGUCAGUCAUCAAAGCUUCAGACCCACCAGAGAGUCCACACAGGGGAAAAGCCCUACAGAUGCGACAUGUGCGGUAAGGACUUCAGUUACAGUUCAAAUCUUAAACUGCACCAAGUCAUUCACACUGGAGAAAAACCAUAUAAAUGUGAGGAGUGCGGGAAGGGCUUCAGUUGGAGAUCAAACCUUCAUGCUCAUCAGAGAGUCCACUCAGGAGAGAAACCCUACAAAUGUGAGGCAUGUGAUAAGAGCUUCAGUCAGGCCAUAGAUUUCCGGGUCCAUCAGAGAGUCCACACGGGCGAGAAACCCUACAAGUGUGGUGUCUGUGGGAAGGGCUUCAGCCAGUCCUCUGGUCUUCAGUCCCAUCAGAGGGUCCACACUGGGGAGAAGCCCUACAGAUGCGACGUGUGUGGAAAGGGCUUUCGUUACAGUUCACAGUUUAUAUACCACCAGAGGGGCCACACUGGUGAAAAGCCUUACAAAUGUGAGGAGUGUGGGAAAGCCUUCGGGCGGAGCCUGAAUCUUCGCCAUCACCAGAGGGUCCACACAGGAGAGAAACCCCACAAGUGUGAGGAGUGUGGGAAGGCCUUCAGUCUCCCCUCCAAUCUUAGAGUCCAUCUGAGUGUUCACACUCGGGAGAAACUGUUUAAAUGUGAGGAGUGUGGGAAGGGCUUCAGUCAGAGUUCUCGGCUUCAAGCCCACCAGAGGGUCCACACAGGAGAAAAACCGUACAAGUGUGACAUAUGUGGUAAGGACUUCAGUCACCAUUCACGGCUUACAUACCAUCAGAAAGUCCACACUGGCAAGAGUCUUUAAAAGUGAGAGGUCUGGGGGCUUCCCUGGUGGCACAGUGGUUGAGAGUCUGCCUGCCAAUGCAGGAGACACGGGUUCGAGCCCUGGUCUGGGAAGAUCCCACAUGCCGCGGAGCAACUGGGCCCGUGAGCCACAAUCACUGAGCCUGCGCGUCUGGAGCCUGUGCUCCGCAACAAGAGAGGCCGCGACAGGGAGAGGCCCGCGCACCGCGAUGAAGAGUGGCCCCCGCUUGCCACAACUAGAGAAAGCCCUCGCACAGAAAUGAAGACCCAACACAGCUAUAAAUAAAUAAGUAAAAUAAAAAAAAUUUUUUUAAAGAAUCAGAGCCUCUGUCCAAAGUGGCCCUGAAUGAUUAAAAAAAAAAAAAAAAAAGUGAGAGGUCUGUUAAUGACUUCAGUCAGGAUGCACGUCUUCAAGGUUUUGGAGAGUCAAUGCUGCUGAUAAACUCUAUGAAGUAUUGAGAGUGGAAAGGGAUUCCUUCAGAUGGAAUCUUCUCAGCAAAUCCAUUAAAAUGGUGACAUAGAACCAUACAUAGUAACGGGAGAAAUAGGUUGUAACCCUCUUGGUAAGAUCCACUUGAUAUAAAUGAUCUCUCAAAGUGAAUAUAUGCCUAAAGACAGUGUGUGAAAAGGAUAUUUGCUGUAUACUAACUAGUUUUUUUUGAGGGGGGAUGUCAAGGAGGGCUUUGGGGUUAUUUUUCCAUCAACUUCCAUUUUAUACUUGUUUACAGUGACCGUUACUUUUACUAAAGCUGUAAAACUAUGAAAAAUGAAAUGAAUAAAAUUACUAAAAAUUUCCUGUAGCCAAGAAUUUGUAAUAUGAUUGCUUUAUUUCGUAUGAUAUAUUGGAUUAAAAUUAAGGAAUAGAUCCCCAGAGAUGAACCUUUGAUCUUCAGAAGUAAAUACGUAUCUGCCACAGAUGUAUAUAAAGGAAUGUUCAUUGCAUUAUUGUUUAUAAUAGCAAACAGAGAAAUAAUCAGUUGGGUUACCAAAGUAUUUUAUGAUUUACUUAUCCAGUGCAAAUUGUUGCUAUGGAUGUUGGAAGAUGUCCAGAAUACAUUAACCUGGAA